CUGGGCCUGCACCCGCCGCGGCUGGCAGCGCGGAGGUGAGUCCCCCCUGAGCUGCCCGGUCCUCCUCCCCAGCGCCCCCUCUCCCGGGACCUGGGUGCCGCGGGCCCUCCCGUCGGGGCUUGGCCGAGAUAAGGAGACUGAGGAUCAGACCAGCUAAGCAACUAGCCCAAGGUAACAGCUAAGAAAUAGCAGAGCCAACAUUUGAAGCCAGGCCAUCUGACUCUGAAGUUUCUGCCCUUAACCAUCAUUCUCUACGGCCGACCUCUGAGACUAUAUACUUGGAGCUGAAGACCCCAGUCCGAUACGCUCAGCCGGACGUCGGCAGUUGGUUGGUUUUUGGAGGUGUCCCUGCUGAAGUGACAAAGAGUUAUCCCAUGUGACACCCCGAGGUGCCUUUGAGGGAAGCUCUCUGGACUUCCUUAUGGGCUGAUGGAAAAGUGGGCUCCCCGCACCCUCUCUGUCCCCAGCUGAGAUUAUGGUGGAUUUGGGAUCCAGCCCAGGCCUGGGCCUCCUGCUGCUGACCCAGCCCCGGAGGCGUUAGCAAGAGCCCUGCGCCGUCCACCCCACCUCCCCAGAGACCACCCCUCCCACCAGGGGCCUGGAGCUGGCGAGUGACUAUGCAGCUUGGGCUGUGUGUGGUGGCCCUGGUUCUGAGCUGGAUGCAUCUCGCUGCCGGCAGCCGGGGGAUCAAGGGGAAGAGGCAGAGGCGGAUCAGCACCGAGGGGAGCCAGGCCUGUGCCAAAGGCUGUGAGCUCUGUUCUGAGGUCAACGGCUGCCUCAAGUGCUCGCCCAAGCUGUUCAUCUUGCUGGAGAGGAACGACAUCCGCCAGGUGGGCGUCUGCUUGCCGUCCUGCCCACCUGGAUACUUCGAUGCCCGCAACCCCGACAUGAACAAGUGCAUCAAAUGCAAGAUUGAGCACUGCGAGGCCUGCUUCAGCCACAACUUCUGCACCAAGUGUAAGGAGAGCUUGUACCUGCACAAGGGCCGCUGCUACCCGGCCUGUCCCGAGGGCUCUGCAGCGGCCAACGGCACCAUGGAGUGCAGCAGUCCUGCACAAUGUGAAAUGAGUGAGUGGUCCCUGUGGGGGCCGUGCUCCAAGAAGAAGAAGCUGUGUGGUUUCCGGAAGGGCUCUGAGGAGCGGACACGGAGAGUGCUCCACGCCCCUGGUGGGGACCACACCAUCUGCUCCAACACCAAGGAGACCCGGAGGUGCACAGUGCGGAGGAUACCCUGUCCCGAGGGGCAGAAGAGGCGGAAGGGAGGCCAGGGCCGGCGGGAGAACGCCAACAGGAACCUGAGCAGGAAGGAGAGCAAGGAGGCGGGCGCCAGCUCUCCGAGACGCAAGGGUCAGCAAGAGCAGCAGCACCAAGGGACAGUGGGGCCGGUUACCUCUGUGGGGCCCACCUAGGGACAUUGUUCAGCCUCCGGGCCCAUGCAGAAAGAGUCCAGCGCUGCUCUGUGUGAUGAAAGCUUUACUGAACGCGCGUGCUGGGGGCAACACGGACACACACUCUCCUUACAUCCAUGGACAAAGACACACACACACAGACCUCGUGUCCAAACAUGCAACCAACAUACAUGCACACACGUGCACAUGCACACACACAAUCGAGGCUGCUGGAAGACACUUCUAUCCCUCGGACAUCUCUGUGUGAACAGGGUGGGGAGCUGGAGGGCUCAUCUCUGCCUGGCAGAGGGCCCAGCAGCACACGCUUGGUUUGCGAAGCUCCCUGUGGACGUGUCAGAGAACCUCUCCCAGCGUCCAAGCCCAAACUCUGCAGAGCGGAGCCUCCUCAGGAGCUGCUAGGGUUGGCCCCGUGUGGCAGACAGGAGCCAAAGCUUGGGGACUGUUCAGCAUUUCCAGUUGUGUGACUUUAUCAUUAGAGAGUAUUGUUACACACCCAUGAUCCAUAUCAAGGCUGCCCUGACUCUGAAAACUGCUUAAAGGUUUAUUUCAAAUUAAAAACAAAAACCAAAUGAC